AUGGAUUUUGACGAAUUACUCCACAUAAUUGGCGGUUUUGGACGCUAUCAGAAAAUUCGUCUGUGCUUAAUUUGUUAAAUGGGGAUUUUAUGUGCGUUUCAUUCGAUGAAUAUGGUAUUUGUCGGCGCAAAACCAGAAUACCGAUGUACAAAAAGUGAUACACAAUUGUCGCAGAAAAUAUAUCGAAAUGCAUCCCUCCAAGAAUCAGAAACCGAAACAGGAGAAAAGAAAUGUUCGUUAUUCAUUUCCUAUGAAACUGCCAACCCCACCGUCAAUGGAAGUUUUGUACGAUUGAACGCCACCAUGUCUUCCGGUACUGAACCUUGUACACAAUGGGAGUACUCACAGGAACUAUAUGGACCAACUAUUGUUUCUGAUUUCGACCUUGUGUGCAGUCAAGCAUGGUUAAGAAGCACAUCCAAAACUCUCUAUUUUUUCGGACGUCUUGUCGGUGCUGUGACUUUCGGCCAGCUUUCGGAUAUAUUUGGAAGGAAACCCCUUUUCUUCUGUGGACUUCUGUUAUUGUUAAUAUCCGGAUGUGUGGCAGCUGCAGCGCCAUCUAUGGUUGUGUUUAUACCAUUUUACAUUCUACAGGGGGCAGCACAAACCGGUCUGUUUCUCGUAGCGUUCAUUAUGUGUACGGAGUUGGUGGCCCCCAUGUACCGCUUGUUGGCCGGACAAACUAUCCUGAGUUUCUACGCUGUAGGAUACAUGCUUCUCUCCUUCCUGGCCUAUUUUAUCCGGCACUGGCGUUAUAUUGAGCUGACAAUCACGGUACCUGUGAUUCUGUUCGCCUCAUACUGGUGCAUUCUCCCAGAGUCUGUGCGGUGGCUUCUGUCGAAAAAUAGAACAGACGAAGCUAAAUCGAUCGCCCAGCGUGUGGCAAAGAUCAACAAUAGGGAGCUGCCGGAUGAUAUCCUGGAAAAUUUAAGAGAUCAGAAAGACGUAUUGGAAGUUAUCGAUGACCGGAAGUACGCCUUCAUUGACUUAUUUCGACCACUGUCAAUGCUUUUCCUGUCUCUCAAUGUAUGCUUUAAUUGGUUUGUGAACUCCUUGGUGUACUACGGCUUAUCUCUCAGUAUCGGAAGCAUCGGGGGGAGCCCUUAUGUCAACUUCUGUAUCGCGGGGGCUGUGGAAAUCCCCGGUAAUAUAUUGUGUGUCCUGUUCCUGAACAGACUAGGACGACGACUGCCCCUUAUGGCGGCAAUGACUGCAAGCGGGGUAGCAUGCGUGAUUUCCGGAUUUGUACCGAAAGAUCUGGUAGCACCAAAAGUCGUAUUCGCCAUAAUAGGUAAAUUCGGUAUAUCUAUGUCAUACGGAAUCAUCUAUCUGAUGUCUGCCGAGGUGUUUCCCACGGUUGUCAGAAAUGCCAGCAUGGGUGUGUCUUCCUUUUGUGCCCGUAUCGGAGGCAUGCUGGCCCCCCAGAUUCUAGAAUUACAACACGUUUGGGGCCCUUUACCUAUGUUGCUAUUUGGUAGCAUAACUGUGUUAGCAGGAAUGGUAGCUUUGUUUCUCCCAGAAACGACAGGGAGACCUUUACCACAAACUAUAGAGGAAGCGCUAAAUAACAGAUCAAAGUCUUCCAUAGACAUCACUGCCAAAACAGUGUCGUCUGAGAAGAUAAAGAAAUUGACGACUAAGAACAGGAUGGCACUAAGGAGCGAUGUGGAGACCACUUCACAAUUAGAAAGUAUUACUGAAGAGCCAGCAGAGGAGCAGGCUGUCGCCCAGAGCAGAGCCAGUUUGCAGACUUCACCACCAUCUGCACCUCAAACACCUUUUAGGGGAUACAAACUUCCAAAUUUGGAGAAAUUCACCAGUGGAAUGUCACCUUCCCUCUGGUGGAUGAAAUUCAUGACCUAUUGCUCUUUGGUUGGGAUGCCAAAUUGGGAAAUAGUACAAUCAUUCCCAAUGUUUGUGUCAGAAAAUGUAUCAGACUGGUACUUAACUUUGGAAUCUUCAAAAAAAACCUCAGUAAACAAACUUAAACAAUCAUUUAUUGAGCGGUUUAAAACCAUCACAGCUUAUGACAUCGGAACUAUGCAGAUCAAACAAACAAUAGGAGAGACUGUGGAUGAAUACUUUGACAUGGUGGCACGGGACACUGCUGACAUUGAGAUAGCACCCCUAGUGUUAGUUGGUAUGGUUGUUGGUGGUCUGCUGCCAGAAAUUGCACGAAUUAUGGCAACCUCAGCAGCAGCAGAUUCCACAGCAGCAGCCACAGCAGAGAUGGAAUUACCAUCAGUAACAACGGACAAACACUCAGUCACCACAAAGGCCACAGAUACAAAGAUGGACCAAGCAGCAACAACAACAACAGCAGCAGCAGCCGAGGCAGCCAUUUUACAGAUGUGUACUUCCUUCCAGUCUCAUCUUAACCACCUGUCACCGGUUUUUCAGAAACUGAGAGAUGCAAAACUCACUCUCAAACCUUCAAAGUGCUUUUUCGCAGUCAAACAGGGCUCUCAACGAAGAUGGGCAACCUAUGAUAAGGAGUGCUAUGCUAUACUUAAGGGUAUGGAAGCAUAUAACACAUAUUUAUCUCACAAACCAUUUACAGUGUACACUGACCAUAAAGCCCUUGUCUGGUUAAAAGAAAAAAAGCAACUUGGAGCAAGACUCCAGCGCUGGGUGACAGACAUUCAACAAUUUGAUUUUGUUGUAAAACAUAUCAAAGGCAAAAACAACACGUCUACAGAUGCCCUAAGUAGACGGCCUUAUCCUCCCAAACCAUUCUCUGAGGACAAUCAUGAAGAAGGUGUUGAACCUCCUACUAUAUUUCUUUGUCAAACAGAAGAUGGCUUACAGUUCCAAAACAACUGCUUUCCAGAUUUAGGUGGUAACAGUUCAGACGGUAGUAACCAUUUUACUAUUUUUGAACAACACAAUCACAAAGAUGACAGGCAACAAAGAAGGGCACACCGUUUACCAGACAAUGAAAAAUACAUCCAACAAAUGGUCUUGCCAAAAGCACUUAGACAUGAUGCUUUGUUGUCAUAUCAUGACAACCGCGCAGGGGGAGCUCACCUGGGUACCAAACAGGUAUAUGAGGCACUAAAACAGAGAUUUUAUUGGGCAGGAACGCAUCAGGAUGUAGAAGAUUACAUUGCUGCAUGUGAUAGGUGUCAGAGAAUCAAGGUCAAAAGACAGGCAAAACCACCACCGCUUACGCAUUUACCAGUGCCAGGUGACACGUUUACAUAUGAUCAUUUAGAACUCACACUCACUAAUAUCACAGGCAUGCUAACAGAACAAGUUCAAAAAGCUAAUCAGCUGGAAAUAAGUUUUCUUGCCCUACAGUCCUCUGUCCAGUCUUUAGCAGAAAGAAAACUUGCACCAUUUUUGUUGUCUAAACAGGUGAUUGGUCAAACAAUGGGUGAAAUCCAGAGAAUCAAAUCGGCAAUCACUGACCAUGCCAUGCAGGAAAACCAUGUGAUUGACUGGGAAAACUCAGAGGUGCUCGAUAGGGAGAACCAUCUUCUGAAGCGACAGAUCAAAGAAGCCAUCUGGAUACGCCGCAGCGGGGCAGUUCUGAACCGAGAUGAGGGGGCUCAUAGACUCUCGCACAUCUAUGACCAAUCCAGGAUUGCCAUUACGAAACAGUUGCAUGGCCCGACAAUAAUCGGUGCCAAUGUAAGUGGUCUUGACACAUUUCCUCACUCAGGACAUAACAUCGAUAAUUCAAGCUCUAAAAGUACAUAUAAUUUUAGUGUGGAUAAUUGUGAUAUAUCAGGAGGACAUUAUCGUACUAUUGCUGAGAUGGCUCGACAACUUCCUUUCGGCUCCGUCUUGUUAUCUCGUAUGUGCUCGUCAGUGACACCAAAACCCAGCAUCCCAUUCACCCAUAACCUGGAAUCGCCGGAAGCUUGUGGUCAUGCUUGUCCCAAGUCCGAGACGGAAAGGGAUGGUUCAAAAACCAUUCUAAAGAAAUCCAUCCCAGUGAAAAAUAUGAAAUCCAUCAACCAGAUCCCAGGACCUAAGGGUCUUCAAGGAUUGCCGAUUUUAGGAACAAUAUUAGCAUUACACCCAUUCACCAAUCAUACCACAUCAAAAUUUCAUCUUUUGUUCCGUGAGCUUCAUGCUAAAUAUGGAAAGAUUGUCCUGUUCCCCAUGGGAAAGAAGAAGAGUGUCCUACUGUUUGACCCAGAUUUGAUAGAUGCAGCCAUGCGUGACGAAGGCCGUUACCCACACCGUAUGGCCCUUCCCAUUUUGGAGUCCUAUGCAUCUCGGCGGGGAGCGGAUUUAAUAAGCUUAAGACAGGGCGAGAGUUGGUACCAGGUACGAAGACCACUGCAGCAGGGUUUGUCCUCGCGGACGAUAGGGAGCGCCCUCGUGGACCACGUCUAUUGCGGGGACGACCUGGUGAUGGAACUUGGACGAUUGACCAACACUGACGGACAGCUGAAUGCACUUUUCUUGAAACGUUUGUUGAUGCAGUAUGUGCUUGAAGCCACAGCUGUAAUAACCUUCAAUACCAGACUAGGUAUACUAAGUGACAAUGCUGGCUCCCACAAGGAAAAUGAAGAGUUUUUCCAGAACGUGGACGAGGUGUUUCUUCUGAUAUCGAAGUCGCUUUACACCUUACCACUUAUGAAGUGGUACAGGACGCCCGCGUACAAGCGGUUUGAAUCCGCCAUGGAUAACAUAAGAAGCUUCUGUAAAAAGAAAAUUUUACUGGCGAGGGAAGAUUUAAAAGAUCAUCAGAUGUGUGAUAAUUUACUUCGGCAUCUAUCACACGAUCACAACAUGAGUGACGAGCAAGUCACCACCGUGAUGAGCAGCAUUUUGUUUGGUGGAAUAGAGAUGACGUCGCAAGCGUUGACGUGGGUGCUGUGGUCACUAGGUACUCAUGAGGACAAGCAGGAGAAGUUGAUCCAAGAAAUCCAGAGUAUCUAUAACAAACACAACAAUAUAUCAGUAGAAGAGCUGCAGCAUAUGCCAUACUUAAAAGCUUGUGUUAAGGAAUCAUUCAGAUUCGUCUUUCCUUCAGUCAACGGAUCCAUGAGAAUUAUUCCCAGCGACGUCAUUCUGAGUGAUUACCUCGUACCAAAAGGCACAUGGAUACUUUUUGGACACAACGCCCUCUGCCGUAGUCCCGCAUACUUUGACCGCCCUGAGGAGUACGUGCCUGAACGUUGGUUGGACCCCAAUCAAACCCCCGACAGAAGACGCAAGAUGGCACUAUGUGCCCUUCCAUUUGGAAUGGGCAAACGUAACUGCGUGGGCCGAAGGUUGGCAGAACAACAGAUUUACGUAGCUGUAGUCAAGAUUCUACAAAAAUUUAAAGUUACUGUACCAGAGACUUCUAAGAAAAUGGAAAUAUCAUACAAUGUGACUGCGUUACCAGACAAAGAUCUAGAUAUCCGGUUCACAGAGAGAAAUGUUGCAGGGUCAAUACGUUAACCUGCGGCACAUAAAAGAAACUUUCAUAACAGUGAAACCAGGAUACUCUCCCAAAGUUAAAUAUUCAGAAUGGAAACGAAUUUGAUAUCAAAUGCUUUCAAAAGCAAGAUAUCCCGUCCAGGAAGGGACAAAAAAGUCCUGUUGAGCAGGCCGAGAUCAUGUUGUUAGAUGAUAUUAUUUUGGUUCCUACUCAGGGAUACAAUGGUGACUAUUAUUUUUGCAAGCGGAUUUGAAACAUUAAUAGUCAUUUUCCCAAACAUACCAACAUUGUAAUCCUGAUUUCAAUGAUUAUUAAUAAUUCAGUGGAAUAAACAUUACAUGAUGGACCAAACAUGGAAACUUCGACGUAAUCCUCCUAGAAGCUCAACAUCAUAAAGUAACUAGAAGAUCCCACACAGACUUUUUGCUCUUUAUUCGUCUUUAACAGGUUUCCCCUUCUUUUCAAUUGUUUCUGCUGUUCUUGAUCUUAAUCAUAUGAAAUUUAUAAAUUUCUAUUGAGAAAUAAUGAUAAUAGUCAUAAAUUGCCAAAUCCAAGAUGAUCACCUGUCGGGUAUUUUGAUUUUUGAUCAGUCAACAAAUAAAAAGAGCACAAGUGAGGUCUAUUGGAAUCUACAUAAGGAAUUUAAGAACUUCUGAAAAAAUAAACUAACUGUCAAGUCCAAGAUGGUCGCCCAUCAUCCAUUUUCGUUUUCCAAUCAAUCCAAAAAUCAACAGGGUACUACUAUGGACCAAGCAAAAAUUUUGAAAGAUCCAUCCAGUACUUCUCAAGAAAAAAGCGAUAAAAUUUCGUCAAAAUUCAAGAUGGCCAUCUGUCAGUCAUUUUGUUUUCUUGUUCAUUCCCAAAAUCCAAAGGGCACAAAAGGAGCAAGAGGACCCUACAUAUAAAGUUUGAGAAAGAGCGAUAACAAGAAUUGUUUAUGGACUGACGACAACAUCUGAUGAUAAAAUCAUUUCAGCACUGAGUCUAAGUCAACUAAUAUGACAUUGAUAUAACAUUGUUUCAUCAGUAAAGAAACUGUCAUUGUAUGGAUAAAGGUUCGUGGAGACAUAUGAACUACUGGUUUCUUCCAUUUCAAAGCAGCCCUCUGAAGGUGGAUGCAAAUUGUCACCAUUCCCACAUUCAUACAUUCUAAUGUAGAAGGGUAUUGAUAAUACUUAUCUUUACUCAUUGUCCAGAAAGACAGCAUAUUCUUUGAAUCCAAAUGUUGUUAUAUAAUGUGUAACCAGUUGCAAUUUGGUAAUUUAAUUUUUUUCACAAGAAUUGGAACCUUCCAGUAUCUUAUUCUGUAAUACUGACACCACAAAUUUAGAAUUCAACAUAUGACCAAAACACAAAAUUAUACAGAAAUUAAUUUUGAACCCUUUAAAUACAGUUUUAAAUCAAAGCAUAUAACUUCAAUUCAUUAGACUCAUUCUAAAGACAUCUUUUGGCUGAGUACUAAUAUUCCCUGAUUAGUUCCUACUAGUGAAUUGUAAUAUGAAGUACAGUGCUACCUCGAGGUGGACACGAGGAAAUCAACUAAGUAGAUCUUAUAUAAUAUUUAUGCAAAUUUACCAGUGAUUACAGGCUUGAAAAUGUUUGUUAAAGUACUUCUUCCCUCUUUUAUCUAAUAAAUAGGACAGAGAAAUCACAUGAGGUAAAAAAAAUAACAUUUUAAUAUUGAAUUAUGUAAAAUCAAGGCUUCCAUAUGGACCGAUAAGCAUUCAAUUCCCCACUUAUGUGGUGAGGCUAUAAAUUAUCACAUGAAGAUAUUUUGGUAUUAUGUCAAUUUUGUUGCAUUCCAUUACAUGUCAAAUAUUUCCACACACUAUAAGGAAUUUCUCUCAUCUCAGUCUGGUUGUUCUCUUCUGGUCACAUCCAGUUGUGACACCAGUCAAGCUGCAAUGUGUCUAGGUAAUAUUUGUUCCUCAUCAUGUUUUCCAAUUUCAACUUCCAAAACUGAACUUCCAUUCAUCAACCAUUCAUUUUAAUGUAGUCUGAAAGCAAAGAAUAUUGAUGUUAACAUCGAAGACUUUGAUGUUAAUUUUUCUACUUCAAAGGUAAUCAGAACUCAUAGAACUCGUAUGAAUCUUUGAACUGAAAAAAUUGAGAUGCCACCUUCUCAAAUGAGAAAAGUUUACACUGGCCUAUUUAAAUUGAAUUUACACAGUGCAAUAAAAUACAUCUCAUUAUGUAAAGCAUGUUAAAUGAUUGUCAUACCAUUACAACAAUGCCUGAUAUGCCUGAACAUGUCAAUUUUCCAUCAAUUCCAUAUGACUGCUAUAUUUAUCAUUAUUAUUAUUUUCAAUGGGUUUAACAUCUUAUUUGUCUGUUAGGGUUGAUUAUGCUCUUAGAUUACCUGAAGCAAAAUAAACAAAAUGUUUUUAAAAUA